AGAAAAUCGAAUGCACUGUGAAUUCUGCUGAGAUGCUGUGUUUCGUGACAUGAUGGAGCCGGCCGCUGGCGAUGCUUGCUGUGGCGCUACCGCUCGAGCGCUGGAUAUGUUCAAUCGACGCGGUUCCGUGAUUGCGGUCAUGAUUGGAGGAAGCACUCCCGAUGUGAUGUCAUCUUGUACCACCUCGUCGACCACUGUGAUUCCAGCAGAUCAUUCCUCAACUAAUUCCGAUCUCGAUGCACAUAGUCAGGUUGAUCCACAGAGUGACUGGCGACCACCGUAUCCUCGUCUGGUUGCGUUUCAUGACUGCUUGUCCCUUGCUUCAGCUUGGUCCCUUGGCCUCAAUCCAUCAUUAAUCGAUGAUAGACCUACCGGAGCGUCACAGGCCCAAUCGCCUUGCGAGGACGAUUCUGGCGAUGGAAAAUCGAAUGAGAUGCUUGCCAGCUGUCCGGCUUUCAGAAAUGAACUUGGCAGUGAGCCAAUUCGUCGGCUUGCCCUCUCACGACACACCUGCGAUGGACCCUUGGAAGUGCAUGAAUGCGAGAGUUGGAUGAGAGAGCACACUGCCGCCGAAGCAGGGAUCUUGGAGGAUGUCUCAAAUGUUUACCUUGGUGGGCGACUUUGUGCUGCCCGACAGCCAAAAAAUGUUAUUGAACCGCAGGAUAUCGGAUCUUACUAUUACAGGCAUUGUUUUGCGGGUCGAGCACAUGUCGAGUAUUUUGGAGUAGAUGAAGAGCUUGGUCCGAUAGCUAUCAGCAUGGUUCGCGAAGCCAACGGAAAGGGUGAUCGCUGUUCCGCCAUUUAUCGGCUUAUCGUUCGGAUUAGUGACUUGCGGACGAUGCGAGUUGCAGUACCGGAGGAGGCGUUGUCCGACUCUGCUGACCGUUCCAUGCGACCUUUAAUGAAGGAACUUAUGGAAAUGGUCUGUCCACGGGUGAGUUUUGGCUGUAUGCGGCCAGCUUUACAAUCGCCAAGAGUAGAAGAGUUGCUGAUGAAAAUGGACGAGCAACCGAUUUAUACUCGCUAUAAAGUUGGCAUCAUGCUAUGUCGAGCCGGGCAAUCUACUGAAGAACACAUGUACAAUAAUGAACAUUCCUCUCCUGCAUUCGACGAAUUUUUGGAUUUUAUUGGGCAACGUGUACGACUGAAAGGAUGGGAUCAGUAUAAAGGUGGCUUGGAUACUCGUGGCGAUACGACCGGUACACAUUCGAUUUAUUGUGAGUAUCAAGCCCAUGAAGUGAUGUUUCACGUCUCCACACUUCUGCCAUUCACUCCGAGUAAUCGGCAACAACUCUCCCGUAAACGCCACAUCGGAAACGAUAUGGUUACGGUAGUGUUCCAAGAGCCGGGAGCAUUACCAUUCUCGCCGAUUGCCGUUCGUAGCCAUUUCCAACAUGUGUUUAUUAUCGUUCGUGUACAUAACGCCUGUACAGACAACGUAUCAUAUAGUGUAGCAGUAUCUCGAUCGAAAGAGGUGCCACCAUUUGGACCUCCACUUCCGAAAGGUGCCACCUUCAGCAAAUGUGCCGACUUUCACGACUGGUUGCUAACAAAAAUAAUCAAUGCCGAAAAUGCCGUACAUCGAUCGAAAAAAUUCGCAACGAUGGCGGCUCGUACAAGGCGAGAAGCGUUACGGGAUCUUGCAGAGAAUUAUACCGGAACACAUCAAAAUGAGGGUCCGAGCAGGAUAGCGAGUCGAUUUUUGGGAGGGAGUGUGAAGAGACGUGAGCGACAAAACCCGAAGCCCUUCCUUGCCAACAUUCGAGGGGCUCUGUCAUGGUUGGUAGAUGUGCAUGAUCACUCCACUAAUCAGAGAGUCAGCUGUGUUUUGGGACUGUCACAAGAUGCCCUAGUGUUGCUUGAACGACCAUCGGGUGUUACAAUAUUCUCCACACCUACACAUUCCAUUAUUGGCUGGGCCAAUACCGACAUGGGCCUCAAAAUCUACUAUGAUCAUGGUGACAUGCUACUGCUACGAUGUUGUACGGAAACAAGUACUGAUGUGGAGCUAAAUCUGCUUCUACAACGGUUGCAGGCAGUCACAAAAGGAGAUGAAGCUAAGGAGGUCGUACUUCGACGUGCACGGCUAUCCGAUAGCUGGGGCUUCCACGUCCAAGACGAAGGAGUUGUGACAGAUGUGGAAAUGUAUCAAACAGCUUGGAAAGCUAGUCUGCGACAAGGAAGUAGGAUUGUUGAGAUUGAGUCAUUGACGGUUGCAACAUUGUCUUUCGACAGAAUUACUGAAAUUCUGAAUGAGAAAGAUACAGUGCGGUUACUGCUUAUAUCACCAGCUAAUGAUGGAUCUCCAAGAAGAGGAUGUGAAGACCCGCAUUGCCCAGCUGUCAAAGGAGUAGAGCAGAUGUUAACACCUGAUGCAUUUGCCAGGCAGCCGAUAAGCUACCAAGAAAUGUUCCGAAUGAAAAAUCGCGAAUACGGUGCUUCACCGUCAAACAGUCCGGCAAGUUCAAUUGAAGAUCGGUCGUUUAACUUUGCUGUGAAACGGACUGAUGGAGUGAGGGCUAACAGCACGUGUACUUCUGGCAGCUCAUCGAGUACUCCAUUGACGGUUGUGAAUCGACAGACGAGUUCGGUGCACGAUCAUAUGUGUUUGAUGCUAAAUGCACCAAAACAGCUUUGUCGUGCACAGUCUGAUGAACAUCUUCGUUCACCGAUUCCCGAAGAGAAUCGAAAGAUGAAGGGGCCUGAUGUGCUACUACCACCACUUAACUACGCCCCAAGAAAAAAUUUUUGUUAA